CUGUUUUUCCCAAAACUCCAUAAUUAUUCCAUCUCUUCUAUUACAUUUUAUCCAUUUUGUUAUCCGUUUUUUUCGGUUUUCUACUUUGAUUAAUUCCUCUGAAUUGCUUUUUCAACGAGAAAUCUUCAAUUAUUUCUUUGUUUUCAAAGUUUGAUCCGCUUCGAUCUGCUAGAAUUGUGCGAUAUAUUUUCCUUUUAGUUGAAGAAUUUGAUGAAUUUCAGGAUUUAAUUGCAGAUAAAACGUCUAAUCAUCCACGUGUAUCUGAACUUUCGAAUUGGUUUGAUUCAUCUAGAUCUUCUACUGUCCUAUCCGGCUCUGUAAAAGGAAAUCUAUCUCUCUCUCUCUUUAGAAUUUGAUCGAUUUAGGUUCUCCGUCUCUGUGUAUUUGCAAAAGAGAGAAAGUGAUGGAGGUUUCCAUGGUUAGAAUGCCUCAGUCGAGGAUGAGAACCAUGACAGAAGCUGCAUCACGUGAACUAGGGUGGUUUUGUAGCUCAAAUCAGAUCUUCCCUAAACAGAAGAAGGUUACUUUCGAUCUCUCAAAGAGAUGGAGAAGUGCUGGAGUUCGACUCACAGUGAAGGCCGCCAACUCGUCGUCAUCCCUGUCGGAGAAAAUUUCUGCAGACACCUUCACAACCAAAACAUCUACAACAGGGAAUGUUAAGUUAUUCGUGGGGCUGCCCUUAGAUGCUGUCUCCGACUGCAAUAACUUGAACCACGCAAGAGCUAUCACCGCCGGAUUGAAGGCCUUGAAGCUAUUGGGGGUGGAAGGAGUGGAACUCCCCAUCUGGUGGGGUGUGGUGGAGAAGGAUACCAUGGGAAAGUACGAGUGGUCUUCCUACCUCUCUCUUGCUCAGAUGGUCAGAGAUGCAGGUCUCAAGCUCCGUGUCUCCCUCUGCUUCCACGCCUCCAAACAACCCAAAAUCCCUCUCCCUACAUGGGUAUCUCGGAUUGGUGGAGCUCAGCCCAGCAUCUUCUUCACGGAUCGAUCUGGACGACAGUACAAGGAUUGCUUGUCUCUGGCCGUGGAUGAUCUACCUGUUCUUGAUGGGAAGACUCCAUUGCAAGUUUACCAGGAAUUUUCUCAGGGCUUCAAGUCUACCUUCUCUGAUCUCCUGGGCUCCACAAUCAUGGAGGUCUCAGUGAGUCUUGGCCCUGACGGUGAGCUUCGAUAUCCUUCGUAUCCUUCAAUGGGAAGCGGCAGAACUGAAAUUCCUGUAUUGGGGUUGGGGGAAUUCCAAUGCUAUGACGAACACAUGAUGAAGAAUCUUAGACAACACGCAGAGGCCACCGGAAACCCCAAAUGGGGUCUCGGAGGCCCUCACGAUGCACCCACUUAUGAUGAGCGACCAAGCUCCAACAACUUCUUCAGGGAGAAUGGAGGUUCAUGGGAGACUCCAUAUGGGGAUUUCUUCCUCUCCUGGUACUCAAAUCAGCUCAUCUCCCAUGGCGAUCGUAUCCUCUCUAUGGCCUUCAAUACAUUCUUCGAUUCUCCGGUCACCAUAUCAGGGAAGGUCCCCUUGUUGCAUUACUGGUACAAAACCAGGUCUCACCCUUUAGAGGUGAUGGCUGGGUUCUACAACACAGUCAGCAGAGAUGGCUAUGAUGCUGUGGCCGAGAUGUUCGCUAGGAAUUUUUGCAGAAUGGUUCUUCCCGGCAUGGAUCUCUCUGAGAAGCACCAGCCUGAUGGAUCAAAGUCAAGCCCUGAAUUGUUGCUUGCACAGAUGAGGGCAGCGUGUAAGCAGCAGAGGGUUUUGAUGGUCUCUGGGGAAAACUCUGCCUCUGAAACUCCAGAGGGAUUGGAACAGAUUAAGAAGAAUUUAUCUACAGAGGAUGAGGGAUUUGUGGUGUUGGAUUCGUUCACGUAUCAGAGGAUGGGAGCUCAUUUCUUCUCACCUGAGCACUUCCCCAAAUUUACCGAGUUCGCCAGAAGCCUCCAAGAACAGGAGCUACAUUCAGAUGACAUGGAAGGGGAUGACGGGAACUCUGUGUCUUUGCCCAUGGAUUCAAAAUCAGGGAAGGAUCUCCAGGUGAUGCAGGCUACAGCUUAAUAAAGGAAACGAAGUUUGAGUUCUUGAGAAUGUCGAUACGCUGUUUCGGCCUCUUGACCACUUCCAGUUCAUGUACAUAAACACGGUAAAUAUGAAUAGCGUAGAAAAGAGAUUAUAUUUACCCUGGUAGUUUAGGUACCGUCUGAAGUUUAUAUGUUCUGCGCUACCUGAAAUUUUCUAGUUGGUUCCUUAUUUUACCUGUUGCCCUUCUGAAUCAGUAGAGCUUGAAAAAACAAAUGUAAGAUCUUAUAUCUUUGCUUAUAUCAAUUUUUGCUCAA